GUUUAUGUCCUCGCUCAACCAACCCCUAUCGUUUUAAUGUAAAGCUGGUAGUGUCCGGGUGUACGGUAGAAAGAAUCCGCUGUAAAGAACCCGGUUCGCUUGCAUCGGUGCCUCCAACUUGAAUAUUCUCUGCGUCGGAGAGACUCCGCAGCCAAAUUACGCAUGGAAUGGUUUUGGGGGGAUUGGAGUAGAAAUGCAGCGCCGCACUUCCAGCCCACAACAAGAACCAUGCUCAGUUUACAUUGCAAGCAAAUUUAUGACAUCCUGUUUAAUCCAUUACGACUUUGAUAUGAGUGAAAUUUGCUCGGAUACCGACAAGGAGUGAACAGAAUACACAAAGCGUACAAGCUAAAGGACGGUGUUUUUGCUGCAGACCCUUGUGAACCGAAAACCUCUGCAUUUAGGAUUUUAUUUUUUUUGAUGGAGCUGGAGAACAUAGUAGCCAACACUGUACUGCUAAAAGCGAGAGAGGGUGGAGGAGGAAAGCGGAAAGGGAGGAGCAAAAAAUGGAGGGAGAUCCUUCGCUUCCCCCAUAUAAGCCAGUGCACUGAGCUAGGAAACUCCAUCGACAGGGACUAUGUCAGCAUCUGUGAGAAACAGCCUAUUGGGCGGCUUCUGUUCCGUCUUUACUGUGACACCAGACCUAAACUGCAACGAUGCAUUCAGCUACUGGACGCAAUGGAAGACUAUGAGGUGACGCCUGAUGAGAAAAGGAAAUGCAGAGGGGACCAGAUCGUCAAGACUUUCCUCUCAAAAGAAUCCCCUCAGCGUGUAGACAUAGCGGAGGAUUUCGCAGAAGAGUGCCGUGAAAACCUUGAGCUCAGUCCAUGUAAGGAGAUCUUUAACAACUGCUGCAAGGUCCUGCAUGACUACCUGAGUGGAGCUCCGUUCUUGGACUACCAGAACAGCAUGUACUUUGACCGAUUCCUGCAGUGGAAGAUGCUGGAGAGGCAACCAAUCACUAAAGACACGUUCAGGCAGUACCGAGUACUGGGGAAGGGGGGAUUUGGAGAGGUUUGUGCCUGCCAGGUCAGAGCUACAGGGAAGAUGUAUGCCUGCAAGAAGCUGGAGAAGAAGAGGAUAAAGAAGAGGAAAGGGGAGUCCAUGGCUCUCAACGAGAAGCAGAUUUUAGAGAAAGUCAACAGCAGAUUUGUUGUGAGCUUAGCAUAUGCAUAUGAGACCAAAGACGCUUUGUGUCUGGUGCUGACCAUCAUGAACGGGGGAGAUCUUAAGUUUCACACCUACAACAUGGGAACACCGGGCUUCGAGAAAGACAGGGUCCAGUUUUAUGCUGCUCAAAUAUGCUGUGGACUGGAUCAUUUGCACAAGGAAUCCAUUGUCUACAGGGAUUUGAAACCAGAGAAUAUCCUUUUAGAUGACAAUGGUGAGACACAUCCGUAUUCUGACCUGGGGCUGGCCAUCAAAGUGCCUGAAGGAGAACUCAUCAGAGGCAGGGUGGGGACUGUAGGCUACAUGGCUCCGGAAGUUGUAAACAAUGAGAAGUACGCGAUGAGUCCUGAUUGGUGGGGGCUGGGCUGUCUCGUUUACGAGAUGACCGCCGGGCGAUCGCCUUUUCGCGCCCGCAAAGAACGAGUGAAACGAGAGGAGGUGGAGAGGAGGGUGCAGGAGGAAGAGGAGGAGUACAACGACAAAUUUACAGAGGACACAAAGGCCAUCUGUAGAAUGCUGCUGACCAAAGACCCUAAGCAGAGGCUGGGGUGCCUGGCGGACGCAGCAGCGGACGUCAAGGCCCAUCCGUUCUUCAAAAAAAUCAACUUCAAGAGGCUGGAGGCUGGAAUAGUGGAGCCACCCUUUGUGCCUGAUCCUCGGGCAGUGUACUGUAAGGACGUUUUGGACAUAGAGCAGUUCUCCACAGUCAAGGGAGUAAAUUUGGACCAAACUGACAAUGACUUCUACUCCAAAUUUACUACAGGCAGUGUUUCCAUCCCAUGGCAGAAUGAGAUGAUAGAAACUGAGUGUUUCAGAGAUUUGAAUGUGUUUGGGCCUCAAGGGACGAGACCUCCAGAUCUGGACUGGAGUCAGCCGCCAGAGCCGCCCAGACGCAGCCUGCUGGACAGGAUCUUCAGGAGGCAUCACCCAGAGGUGCCUAUUUCCCACAGCCGUGUGCAGUCUUCCAGUGUAAACUCUGUGGACUCCAUGUCCAACUCUGCCCCCUAGUGGCGACAGUGUGGGAGCCACACACACACAAAGGGAAGGAGCUCCGAGGGGUUUCCCCGCUGCUGAUUGGUCCACAGUCCCGGGCCUGAGCAGCAGCCGGAGACAGCCUGUCUAAAAGCCUAAACGGUCAGCCCAUGGGUGGGGGGUGGGGGGGUGGGGGGGGAGUUGUGACCAGGCCCUAAGACCCGGGGCAUUUGUAGUGGGAUGGUCUAUGUUGCGAAGACGUUUGGAAAUAUUUGGACAAACUUUACUUACCCUCAGGAUUGUUGGACUAAUAGAACAGAGCCACUGAUGCUUAUGGAAACAGAAAAGGAUAGAAACAUGCUUAUAUUCAGGGGAUCCACUGUAUAAUAAAGACCACCACAGGGAGUAGACGAUGGCGUCUUGGUGAAUUUUUUUGUUUUUCCAGAAAAGGAAUUUCUUUUCCAUUUCUUUUCAAUUAUUUUACUUUCUGGCCUGUAUCUUGUAUCUCUCCAUCUACCUACACGCUUCUCUUACUCGAUAACUUAUUUCUCUCUGCAUUUCCACCUCCCAUACCUCAGAUCACUCCUAAACAUUCAGAACACAUCACCUCAACAAACCUCAACACAUAAUGUACAUUGCCUUGCGUACACUCAGGCCAAAGAUUACAGUUAAGUUUCGUGAUACUGUUGUCAUGUUGAUUUAUUGUUUGUUGUUUUUCUGCCGUCAUUUAGAACCACAAAAGGAUCACAACAGGCGAUCCAUUUUUUCUACACUUUCUCUCUAUUUAUGAGCCUGCAGACAUAUCAUAUUGCUUAAAGCACACAUACAUACAGUUCAUACAUACACAAUCAGAUAGACGUACACAGACAGACUUGUGAGAAUCGUGUUGUGUUUUCAAUGCAUGGACAAAGUGUAAGUAUGGACCGCUGUAUCCCUUUCGCUUCUGCAUACCUCAUUCCACUGAUGUUACCAUCGUAUAACGUACAACACAGACGUCUCCCUGGGUUUACAGUGUCACUUUAUAUUUGACAUUAUGUGGAAACGAAUUAAUAUGCUGUACAGAAACCGAAAUCUCUUCUUUCGUUGUUUUUUUUUGCUCAUCUUUUUCUGCACAGUCCCCAUGGAGUGGAGAGGAGCAUGCACUACAAGUUGCACAAUUUAAAACGUCAUGCUGUUUAUUCAUCAAAUGUAUUUACCUCUGAACAUUAAGGCACAUUGUUGUAUUGAUAUUGUCACGCACCGCUUGUUUUCUACAUUCAAAUCUGAAGUGUUCUUGCUCUCCCUUAUGCCUUUUCCAUUUAUAGGAUAUUGCUGCAUACCCCUUCUUGUCACAUGUAAAGGUUUUCUAUAUUUUGCCCCUUUACACUUAACAUGCUCCUCAAAAUGCCUCACAAAUCUAAAGGGCCUUCCUCUUGAUACACACAGGGUAUCAACAGCUAUUUGAAAGGAUAGUCUCAUCUGAAUAGGUUAUUCUCAUCUGAAUUGUAAUUGUCAUCAGUUAUCCCUUUAAUGGUCUUCCAAACUGGUUAAAAGAGAAAAUCAAGCUCUAUUUGGUUGCUAGAGCCCCCCGCCCCCCCCUCCCCAAGCAUAUGUGUUUUUUGUAGUGAUUUUUUCAUGACUUUUUCGAUUAUUUGGUAGAAGGUUACUGGUUUUAAACUGUUUCCAUUAUAAAAAAUCAGUUAUUUCACUGAAAAAGUGUUGUAAUAUAUCAGUAUAAUGUUUUAACUUUUACCCUCACUCAAUUAAGAAAAACAGAUUGACCGAAUCGGAUAUCGUUUUUGGUUUAAAUUAGUUUUCGUGUUGGACCAUUAAAGGGUUAAUCUAAGUAAUUUAUGUCAGAUCUAAGGAGUAGAAGACACCAUAUGAUCCUGUAAACACCACACAAAGAAGUGGCCUUCUCGCAGCAGCACACACAUUUAAAAGAGAGGAACACCUCACUCUUCUGCUUGUUUUGAGGAUAUGGUAUCUUGGCUAUUUGAAGUAGUGAAAGCUGGUCCAUGCAGUAAUUUUAAUCCCCCUAACAGAUCUCACCCAGGCCUGUUUUUCUCUGCGUACUUGAUAUGAAAACAAUUAAUCUGAAUCAGACUGAAGUGCCUCCUUGUUAGCAUGAUCUCCCAGACAAUGCCCACACAGACAUCAGCACUUGUGUAUUCUCUGACUGUCAUGCUCUGUUUGUUUCGAUGGGAACGCGUCAACAGAAACACACACACACACACACACAGACUUGCAUAGUUUUUUUAGAAGUGGAGGGAAGGAGGGGUGUCAAUUCUUAAUGUGAUGUACAGCAAAGUGCUGAGUGCAUGUGAAAGCCAAAUCCACUGUGUCCUAUAGUCCCAAUAAACUCUGUGCUAUAGUUUGAGUAUCCA